UCCGCCAAGGGACCUGGCUGUGCUGCUGUGCAACAAAUCCAAUGCAUUUUACAACCUUGGGAAAUGGAAUGAGGCGUUUCUCUCAGCCAAGGAAUGUCUCCGGUGGGAUCCGACCUAUGUGAAGGGAUACUACCACGCUGGUUAUGCCUUGCUGCAGUUGCUCCAGCGUUAUGAGGCUGCUAGCAUGUUUUUUGAGGGUCUACGACUUCUUCAGGACAGUCAAGAGCAAGGACAGGUUGCUGAUUUUCUUGUUGGAAUCUUCAUCACUAUGAGCAGUGAUCCCACUGUUUUGCAAAGUUUCUUGCCCAGCCUUGAUCGUAUUUUCACUGCUGGAUUCUCAACAGAAGUGUGGCAAUCUGUAAUAGAAAAGUUGGCAAAGAAAGGAAUAUGGCAUUCAUUUCUACUUCUGUCAGCAAGAAAAGACCGACUACCAAGUAAUAUCCGUGUCCCAAACUUAUCACUGAGAAGUCUUUUUGAGAAAUAUGCUGUCAUUGGACUUUAUGAGAAUAUGGAACGGGUGCCCCAGUUUGUCCAGUGGCUCAUCUCCAUUGAUGCAAGUAUUGAGAGUAUCGGACCAUACCCUCUUCAUGCCGUCAUGCGACUCUGUAUCCAAGCGAGGGACAACCACCUGUUCAGGUGGCUAAUGGACUACAGGCCACAGUGGAAAGGCCGCAUCAACCAGAAGGACGAGGAUGGCUGCACAGUCCUGCACAUUGUUGCUGCCCACUCUCCAGGAUACCUCAUUAAGCGACAAACAGAGGAUAUACAGAUGCUCCUGCAGUUUGGAGCUGACCCCACACUGUUGGAUCGACAGUCCCGCUCUGCCAUAGACGUCCUGAAGAGGAAUAAGAACUUCAAAGCUAUUGAGAAAAUCAACAGUCACUUGGAAAAGCUUGCUGUGUCUUCCAGGGAUUUAUCAGGACUGAACAGUGGUGAUGGACCCACCAGCGAGAGUGAGAUUUUCCGGAGAGUCUGUGAGCAGCUCGUGAAGUACAUGAACUCAGGAAACCAGUCAUUGCAUAAAAGUUUUCUGAAGCAAGAAAUAGUUCAACGGUUCUUGCGCCUACUUUCUUCUCUGCAAGAAAUUCCUCCUGACCUGGUCUGUGACAUUAAUCCUGACUGUGCCAACACCUUCAUCAAAUUCUUACUGGCAAAACAGAAGUGGCCCGAAGUCCUUCUGCUGUUGACCCGCAAAGCGAGCGGGGUGCCACCAUUUGGAGAAUGUCUCAUCAAAGACUGCAAUCUCUCAGACCUUGACAUCUGUGCCAUCAUCCCACACCUCAGGAGCUGGGACCACCGGAAGACGCAGCUCCUGGGCCGCCUCAUAGACAGUGGAGCUUUGCCUGAGGGUCUCCAGAAGAGCCAGGAGAGCCCGCUUGCUAUGUGCCUGAAACAUGAGGACUUUGAGUUGGCUUUUCUUCUCUUGACCAAGGGUGCAGACCCCCAUGGCAUUUCUUUCACGGAAGGUGAUACGCCUUUACAUGCAGCGCUCCACAUCUUUUUAGAUAUAAAUGGUGACAUUGGCUUUAACUUCCUCAGGCACCUGUUGGAUCUGUUCUGUUCCAACCCCACUGAAUUUUACUACCUCAAUCCCAACAUCCAGGACAGCAGUGGGAACACAAUGAUGCACAUACUCUUUCAGAAGGGCAUGCUGAAGCGCAUGAAGAAGCUGAUAGACCUGCUGGUAAAGUUUGAUAUCAACUUCAACUUGAAGAACAAAGAGGGCAAAGAUGCACGGCACCGGGUUAAGAAGAAUGAUCCUCUGCUUUUGGCCUGGAACAAAGCUCUGACGGAGAACAGGCGAAGGAACCGACAGGACUCUGCUGCUCACCUUGGAAAGCUCCCGAGGUCCACCACUCCUGGCCAUACGUCUCAGCUCAAGUCUCAGGGUUCAUUCAAGUCAGCGCCAUGUAGUGUUACUUCUGGGACCCUGCCAGAAGGAGCUGUGGUCCCUGACAGCUGGGAGACUGUCCUUGAUGCCCAGGUGACAAGGGGGGGGACUGGAGGCUUCAGACCAUGCUCACUGAGAGACCAUCUCAUACAGGACAUCAUGAUUUUGAUUCAGCAGGUUAAAUUGGAUCCAUUCCUCCAAGAGGACUGUCUUCAGUGUGCCAAGCCUCUGGUGGCAGAAGCAGGCACCGGAGUAAAAAAAGAUGAGUUCCAGCGAACCCCAGCUAUAGGGAAUUCUGACUGUAGUGGAAAUAGUUCUGCCCUCUCCGAGGCACAGGAAGAACAUACUCAGGCAAACGUUGGGGCAACACAGCUUGUUCCUGUUGUUAACAGAGGGAAGAUGGGCAGCGAGAAUCAGGGAGACUGGAGCGUGCCGGACAUUGAGGCUUGCUUCCAGGACUUUGACAACAUGACUUGGGAGAUCGAGUGCACAUCAGAAGUGCUGAAGAAACUCUCAAGUAAGGCAGUGACCAAGAUCAUGAAGAAGAAGGUCAUCCUUGCCAUCCAGCAUCUGGGGAACGGUGAGUGGACGCAAGGCCUGCAUAAGCGGCUAAAGUACUUGAAAGGAAACAUCCAGCUCUUUGAAGCAAGGUUGGACAAAGGAGCCCGGAUGCUGUGGGAACUCGCCAUUGACUUCUCCCCUCGAUGCAGUGAGAACCCAGAGAAGGUCAUUGUCACAGAGCAGAAUGUGCACUCUGUGGAGAAGUCAGGGCGGAUCUACACAGAAAUCAUCCGGAUCUGGGACAUUGUCUUGGAUCACUGCAAACUAUCGGAUUCCAUCAGGGCCAUCUGCAAUGCCUACAACCGAGGCCUAUCCUGUGUUCUGCGGAAGAAGCUGAAGGGUAUCAACAAAGGCCAACUGUUUGCCAACGUGAAAAUCCAGAAGCGAAUACCCCAGUGCUAUGUGGAGGACACAGAGGCACAGAAGGGCAGGGAGUGCAUGGAACCUGAGUACUUUCCGCCAGCAAGUGCGGUGGAAACAGAGUACAACAUCAUGAAGUUCCACAGCUUCAGCACCAACAUGGCCUUCAACAUCCUCAAUGACAUGACAGCGACAGUGGAGUACCCCUUCCGGGUGGGUGAGCUGGAGUACAUGGUGAUCAACCUCAACCCCAAGCCACUGGAGCCCAUCAUCCUCAUUGGGCGGAGUGGCACUGGGAAGACAACUUGCUGCUUGUAUAGGCUGUGGAAGAAAUUCCACAUUUACUGGGAGAAAGCAGAGCAGGCAGGGAGUCCAUUGCUGGCUAAACAAAUCUGGCUGAAGAGAAGAUUGGAAAUGGAACCUGGAAAAGAGGGUCCAGAUUGGGAGGAAAAGGAGAUGGAGGACGAGGACAAGGAAGAGGAAGAUUCAGUUGAGGUGGAAACAGUAGACAGCAUAGACAAGGAGGAGGAGAGUGAUGCUGGUGCUGAGGGACCUGCCACAGAGCUGCCAGGAUACAGCCGAGCAAAGGAAGUCUGUGUGCAAGAUUGUCCCUCUCAGCUGGAGCAUCUACAUCAAAUCUUUGUUACCAAGAACCACGUUCUGUGCCAGGAGGUACAGAGGAAUUUCAUUGAGCUUUCCAAGUCUACCAAGGCCACCAGUCACUAUAAACCCCUGGAGCCCAAUGUUCACAAACUCCAGGACCUAAAGGAUGAGAACUUUCCUCUGUUUGUCACUUCUAAGCAGCUGCUCCUUCUGCUCGAUGCUUCUCUACCCACUCCAUUUUUUCUGAGAAAUGAAGAUGGUAGCUUAAAAAGAACCAUCACAGGGUGGUCCACACAGGAGGAAUUAACCAUCCCCAAUUGGCAGGAGGAUGAGGAGGAGAUGGAGGUGGACAGAGAAAAUGGUGAGGAAGAAAAAGCUACAGAAGCUCGCAUGGGUGACAGCGACCCCCGGGUAUAUGUGACGUUUGAGGUCUUCAUCAAUGAAAUAUGGCCCAAGAUGACCAAAGGGAAAACUUCCUACAACCCUGCACUGAUUUGGAAAGAAAUAAAGUCUUUUCUGAAAGGAUCUUUUGAGGCUCUCAGCUGCCCACAGGGAAGACUUACUGAAGAAGCAUAUAAGAAAUUAGGGAGGAAACGGUCCUCCAAUUUUAAGGAAGAUCGGAGUGAGAUCUAUGACCUAUUCUGCCUAUAUCAGCAGAUCAGGUCCCAGAAAGGUUAUUUUGAUGAAGAGGAUGUCCUGUACAACCUGUCCCAGAGGUUGUCGAAGCUCAAGGUGCUUCCAUGGUCCAUCCACGAGCUCUAUGGUGAUGAGAUUCAGGACUUCACCCAAGCUGAGCUGGCAUUGCUGAUGAAAUGCAUCAAUGACCCCAAUGCCAUGUUCCUCACUGGGGACACAGCCCAGAGCAUCAUGAAGGGUGUGGCCUUCCGCUUUAGUGAUCUGUGUUCCCUGUUCCAUUACGCCAGCAGGAGUAACGCAGACAAACAGUGUGUUGUCCGGAAGCCCAAGAAGAUCCACCAGCUGUACCAGAAUUACAGGUCCCACUCAGGAAUCCUCCAUUUGGCGUCUGGAGUGGUGGAUUUACUUCAGUUCUAUUUCCCAGAAUCUUUUGAUCGCCUUCCAAGGGAUUCUGGCCUCUUUGAUGGCCCCAAACCAACUGUCCUGGAGUCUUGUAGUGUGAGCGACUUGGCAAUUUUGUUAAGAGGAAACAAAAGGAAAACUCAGCCCAUAGAAUUUGGGGCCCACCAGGUAAUCCUUGUUGCCAAUGAAAUGGCAAAGGAAAAAAUUCCAGAAGAGCUGGGGUUAGCACUCGUGCUAACAAUUUAUGAAGCAAAAGGCUUGGAAUUUGAUGAUGUCCUCCUUUAUAACUUUUUCACUGAUUCUGAGGCUUACAAGGAAUGGAAGAUCAUUUCUUCAUUUACACCCGUAUCGCCUGACUCCAGAGAGGAAAACAGGCCAUUGAUUGAUGUACCCCUGGAAAAAUUGAGCUCCUUGCAGGGUCGGUCUCUCAUGCUGAAUCCAGAAAUGUACAAGCUCCUCAACGGAGAGCUGAAGCAGUUAUACACUGCCAUCACACGGGCUCGAGUCAACCUCUGGAUCUUUGAUGAAAACCGAGAGAAGCGAGCUCCUGCUUUCAAAUACUUCAUCAAAAGAGAUUUUGUCCAAGUUGUGAAGACAGAUGAAAAUAAAGACUUUGAUGAUAGCAUGUUCAUUAAGACUUCAACCCCUGAGGAGUGGAUUGCACAAGGAGAGUACUAUGCCAAGCACCAGUGCUGGAAGGUUGCUGCUAAAUGCUACCAAAAAGGAGGUGCAUUUGAGAAGGAGAAGUUGGCACUGGCCCACAACACUGCCCUGAACAUGAAAUCCAAGAAAGUCAGUCCCAAGGAAAAGCAGUUGGAGUAUUUGGAACUGGCCAAAACCUAUCUGGAGUGCAAUGAGCCAAAGCUGUCUCUCAAGUGUCUGAGCUACGGCAAGGAGUUCCAGCUCUCUGCCCAGCUGUGCGAGAGGCUGGGAAAGAUAAAAGAUGCUGCCUAUUUCUAUAAGCGAAGCCAGUGCUACAAAGAUGCUUUCAGAUGCUUUGAACAGAUUCAGGAGUUUGAUCUAGCACUCAAAAUGUACUGUCAAGAGGAGCUUUAUGAAGAAGCUGCUAUUGCAGUUGAGAAGUAUGAGGCAAUGCUGAAGAGCAAGGCCCUUUCCAUUUCCAAGCUGUCUUACUCUGCUAGUCAGUUUUAUUUGGAAGCUGCAGCAAAAUACCUAAGUACAAAUAAGAUCAAGGAAAUGAUGGCUGUCCUUUCAAAACUAGACAUAGAAGACCAGCUGGUGUUCCUGAAGUCUCGGAAACAGCUAACAGAAGCCGCAGAUCUUCUGAACAGGGAAGGUCGGAGAGAGGAGGCUGCCCUGCUCAUGAAGCAACAUGGUUACCUCCUGGAGGCUGCCAGGCUUACUGCCAACAAGGACUUCCAGGCCUCAUGCCUGCUGGCGGUGGCCCGGCUCAACGUGGCCAGGGGGUCUGACAUAGAAAAUACCAAAGCCAUUCUGAGAGAAGCCCUUGAUCUCUGCUAUCAAACCAGUCAGUGGUCUGGCAUUGCAGAGGCCCAGUUCCUUCAGGGGGUAAUCCUGAGAGAUUUUCAGAAGCUCAAAGAUGCCUUUCUCAGAUUUGACACACUCAACCACUCAGCCGGUGUGGUGGAAGCACUCUAUGAAGCAGCCAACCACUGUGAAGCUGAGCCUGAGAAGGUCUUGGCUCUGGCCCCAGGGGGCUUGGAAGUUCUCCUCAAUUUGGUCAAGGCUCUCAAAAGGGUGACUAACAAUGCUGAGAAGGAAAUGGUCAAAUCUUGCUUUGAGUUUUUUGGGAUUUCCCAGGUAGAUGCCAGAUAUUGCCAGAUAGCUCAGAAUGACCCUGGACCCAUAUUGAGAAUAAUUUUUGACUUGGAUUUAAACUUGAGAGAGAAGAAAACAAAAGACCACUUCUUGGUAACGACUGACCAAGUGAAAUUAGCAUUAAACAAACACCUUUUGAAGAGGCUGUGUCAGAUCACACAGAGCCUGCUUGGAAAGACCUACCCAGGGGUCUGCAUGAGGUUUAUUGUAGGCUUAAAAUGUGAGGAUGAAAACUGUGAAGAUUUCCACAAGCCUUUGCGGCGUUGUGAGGCCAGGUGUUUGGUUCAGUCGAAAAUACACCUGGUGGCAAUCAAUGGAUUGCUUUUGGAAGCCAAAAAAGUAUUCCCUAAAAUCUUAGCUGAAGACCUUGAAGAAAUUGAUCAUAUUUUGCCUACAGAUAUGUAUGGCCUUUGCAGAUCCUUUUUGAAUGUCCUCUUCCCCAAGCAUUUCCAUCAGAGAGUGUUAUCAGAAAAUCCUAUAGCAUGCAAAGAAAUCCUCAAACCCAAUUACAAAUCAUUUCGAUCCUAUAGGUUUGCUUUGAAAGAGUACAUCCACUUUCUGUUUCAAAAUGAAGGGUCACAGACCCGACGGGAGUCAACAGACCUGUGGCUGAGUGCCAUGCAGGCUUUCCUUGUCUCCUCCAGCUUCCCAGAGGAGUUUGAAAAGCUUCUCCACCAGGAAGAGGACAGCUACCACAGAGAACUCAAGGCUCUCGAGUCUGAAAAAGAGGCAGGGGGCAGUGGUAGAGGCAGCAGAAUGAAAGGAAUAGAAGGGAAAUUCGGCAUGCUGGUGCCCAACAAGGAUGAUGAAAGCACAGAGAAAACCCACCUGUGCUUCAUCCGGCUGCUGGAGAAUUGCAUCCAUCAGUUCUAUGUGUACAGGAACCCUGAAGACUACAAGACACUCUUUUUCCGUUUCAUGAAUGUCCUUGUCAGGAGGUGCAAAGAACCACUCAUUCCUAGCAUUGGAAACACAGUGGCCUUGUUGGAGUUCCAGUUUGUCCAUUGUGGAGUGGUUCUUGCCCGCCUCUGGAAGAAUGCCAUCCUGUGCCUCCCCAAGAGCUACAUUUCACUCUUGCACUAUUGGGAGUUCCUGUUCAGCAAGAAGGACAAGGAGCUCAGGGAUGUGUUCUACAUCAUUCAGGAAUAUAAACCCAAGGACGUGACAAGAGCCUUUCAUGAUUUCCGAUUCCAGCUCUCCUACCUCGUCAGAGUGCUAUGUGGUUAUGAGAAUGUGAGGUUCAAUGUCCUACUCGAUGCCUUCAGUGAUAUAAAUUAUGUGAUCUCUGGUGAGGCAGAGCGGACACUGGUGCUGUGCUUGGUGAUGCUUGUGAACACCGAGGAGAUUCUGCAGCCGUGCUGCAAGCCUUAUCUGUGUUGUCACUUUGAGGAGAUUGAGAGGCGACUGCAGCUGAUGAGCAUGGACUUCCCGGACCACGUUCCUGAGAGGCUCUUCAGAGUGGUGAGGCGAGUGUUGGUUGCAGUCAGCAUGAAGUCUGUGGCUGAGGCGCUGCAGGACUUGCUCUUUGAGCGGGAUGAAGAAUACUUGAUGGACUGCUGCUGGCGGUGGGACAGCAUGCACACCAAAGGGUCUGUGGUCCGUGGUCUUUAUCACGAGGAGGUCAGACUAAACCGUUUACUCUCUGUGGACUCUGUGGACUAUUUUGCUGAACCAGAGUAUGAGUUUGAUCAGGAUGAGACGGAUGAGCUGGCAUUAGAAGACCGAGACCACCUCCUUGCUGGCAUCCUCUCUCAGAAGCAGUGGAAGGCUUCCGUCCAGCGUAAGUUGAGAAGAGUAUGCCUGGUGGUGUCUCUGUGUGUCAGCUGGAGGAGAAGGGUGAGUGCCCAGGCAGAGCACUGCAGAGAAGAGACCAGGGAGCCUGGUGCUGGCAACUUCAAAAAGGCGGAUGUCGACAGGACCCAGUGCGACUUGUGUGGAGUUAAGUUUAUCCGUGGUCCUGAGAAUUAUUUCAGCCCCAGUGACACGUUUGAGGAGGUGACUUUAGAGUCUGCAGCCCUUUCCAGAGCUGAGCUGGAAAGGAAAGAAAGUCUGGAGAGGAACAGUGAAUCUUAUGAGCACCAUAUCCGUCUAGAAAGCCACCAGAGGCAGCAAGUGGCCUACCAGAGAUACUCUGAAUUUUUCCAUGAGAAGGUGGAUCCGGCCAUCAGUGAAGGGCAGCUGGUGGUGCGGGACAUCGAGCAGAGCAUGUGGAUCUGCAGCCACCUGGGCUCGAAAGAGCACGGCCAUAUCCUACAGAAGAAGGUCCAGGAAAACAUCAAGAAGGUUUCAGAUGUGGUGGAGGAAGUCUACAGGCAGAAGGCCUGGAAUGGUGGGCAAGAGUUGAUGAGUCAGCUGGUCAACGUUCUGAUCCUGUCAGUCAGGGAUGCAUGGGAAUGGCUGAGGAAAACAGAGCUCGGGUUAAAGGAAGAAGGUAUUGUUCAGGAAGAUGAAUACGAAAAUGAAGUUGAAGACUUUGGUGAGCUGCGUCCUAUUAGGCGUUCAUGGAAAUGUGGGAAGCCGAAAAAACAGUAACGUCCACACAACCAUCGCCUCAUACAUCUUCAGAACAUUCCAUCCUGACUUAGAAUUCUGAGUGCUGGUGCAGAAGGAAAAGGAACAUAAAUUAG